CUCUUGUUGCUGCCUCCUGAAGACACUCUAUUCUCAUCUCCUGAAGAGCAGUGGGCAGGACUGAUACAAUGGAGAGGAGAAACCAUAGUGGGAGCGUGAAUGAGUUUGUGUUGCUGGGAUUCCCAGCUCCCCUGCCAUUGAGGGCACUACUGUUUGCCCUUUCACUAGUGGCUUAUGUGUUGGUGCUAACUGAGAACAUACUCAUCAUUGUGGCAAUUAGGAACCAUUCCACUCUCCACAAACCCAUGUACUUCUUUCUGGCUAAUAUGUCCUUUCUGGAGAUCUGGUAUGUCACUGUCACUAUUCCCAAGAUGCUUGCUGGCUUCAUUAGUUCUAAAGAGGGCCGAGGACAGCUAAUCUCCUUUGAAGGCUGUAUGACACAACUCUACUUUUUCCUGGGCUUGGGUUGUACUGAGUGUGUCCUUCUUGCCGUUAUGGCCUAUGACCGCUACGUGGCCAUCUGCCAUCCUCUCCAUUACCCUGUUAUUGUCAGUGGCCAGUUGUGUGUCCAGAUGGCAGCUGGCUCGUGGGCUGGAGGUUUUGGCAUCUCUAUGGUCAAAGUUUUUCUCAUUUCUCGACUGUCUUACUGUGGUCCCAACAUCAUCAACCACUUUUUCUGUGAUGUCUCCCCAUUGCUCAACCUCUCCUGCACGGACAUGUCCACAGCAGAGCUUACAGAUUUUGUCCUGGCUAUUUUUAUUCUGCUAGGACCACUCUCUGUCACUGGGGCCUCCUACAUGGCCAUCGCUGGUGCUGUGAUGUGCAUUCCCUCUGCUGCUGGACGCCAUAAAGCCUUUUCCACCUGUGCCUCUCAUCUCACUGUUGUGAUCAUCUUCUAUGCAGCCAGUAUCUUCAUCUAUGCCCGGCCAAAGGCACUCUCAGCUUUUGACACCAACAAACUGGUUUCUGUCCUCUAUGCUGUCAUUGUACCAUUGCUCAAUCCCAUCAUUUACUGCUUGCGCAAUCAAGAAGUUAAGAGAGCCCUACGCUGUACUCUGCACCUGUACCAGGGCCAGGAUGCUAAUCCCAAGAAAGCUAGCAGAGAUGGGUAGAAGGGAGGUAUGAUGUCUGAUAAAAUGCUAUUAAACUUGGAACCAAGG